AUGUCUGAAAACGCCCCCACACGAAGCCUGGACGACAUAGACCUGGCUGCUUUGAGGGAUCCGGCUGGAAUCUUUGAGCUUGUCGAGGUUGUUGGCAAUGGGACCUAUGGGCAGGUGUACAAGGGACGACACGUCAAGACUGGGCAGCUGGCGGCCAUCAAGGUGAUGGAUGUUACAGAGGAGGAGGAAGAGGAGAUCAAAGCAGAAAUCAACAUGUUAAAGAAAUACAGUCACCAUCGCAACAUUGCCACUUACUACGGCGCUUUUGUCAAGAAAAGUCCACCAGGGCAUGAUGAUCAACUCUGGUUGGUGAUGGAGUUUUGUGGGGCAGGAUCAGUGACAGAUCUUGUAAAAAACACAAAAGGAAGCUCUUUAAAAGAAGAUUGGAUCGCUUACAUCUGCAGAGAAAUCCUACGGGGUCUGUCCCACCUCCAUGCCCAUAAAGUAAUCCAUAGGGACAUCAAAGGGCAGAACGUCCUUCUGACAGAGAAUGCAGAAGUCAAGCUUGUGGAUUUUGGAGUCAGUGCUCAAUUAGACAGGACUGUCGGUCGAAGGAACACUUUUAUUGGGACUCCUUACUGGAUGGCACCAGAGGUCAUAGCCUGUGAUGAGAACCCAGACUCCACUUAUGACUACAGGAGUGACAUUUGGUCUUUGGGAAUAACUGCCAUCGAGAUGGCUGAGGGAGCACCCCCUUUGUGUGACAUGCACCCAAUGAGAGCCCUCUUCUUGAUUCCCCGGAAUCCCCCCCCUAAACUUAAGUCGAAGAAAUGGUCAAAGAAGUUCAUUGACUUCAUCGAGGGCUGUUUGGUGAAGACGUAUACCAGCCGACCGUCCACGGAGCAGCUCCUCAAACACUCGUUUAUCCGGGACCAGGCGACAGAGCGGCAGGUCCGCAUCCAGCUCAAAGACCACAUUGACCGGACACGCAAGAAAAGAGGGGAAAAGGAGGAGACGGAGUACGAGUACAGCGGUAGUGAUGAAGAGGAUGAAAACCGAGGCGAUGACAGAGAAUCCAGUUCAAUCCUGAAUGUGCCUGGGGAGUCGACUCUAAGGCGAGACUUCCAGCGUCUGCAGCAGGAGAACAAGGAGCGAUCGGAGGCGCUGAAAAGGCAACAGGCCCAACUGGCAGCUCAGCGCAGAGACCCAGAGGAACACAAGAGACAGCUACUGCACGACCGACAGAAGCGCAUUGAGGAGCAGAAAGAGCAGCGUCGGCGGCUCGAAGAGCAACAGCGAAAGGAGCGAGAAAUGGUGAGGCAGCAAGAAAAAGGUCCCCAUCGCAGACUUGACGAUAUGAGAAGGGAAGAAGACAGACGAAUGGCAGAGAGAGAGCAGGAAUUUAUCAGGCACAAGCUAGAGGAGGAGCAGCGGCAGCUGGAAAUCCUCCAGCAGCAGUUACUACAGGAGCAGGCUCUACUUAUGGAGUACAAGCGUAAGCAGCUGGAGGAGCAGCGACAGUCAGAGCGGCUGCAGAGGCAGCUGCAGCAGGAGCAUGCCUACUUGGUGUCUCUUCAACAACAGCAGCAAGAGAAGAAGCCUCAGCUUUACCACUACAACAAGAAUCUGGAGCCUAAUAACAAGCCGUCAUGGGCACGUGAGGUUGAGGAGCGAAGUAAACUCAACAGACAGGGUUCACCCAAGAUCUGCACCACCGUCUCUGACACCGCCAUCCAGUCUCGCUCUGACUCAAUCAGUCAAUCAGGGGCGCAGUCUGCUCAGACCCCUCCCAUGCAGAGGCCUGUUGAACCCCAAGGGGGGCAGAGCAAGUUCCAGAUGGCUCAUUUGGUGCCACUAAAACCCUAUGCUGCUCCCGUGCCUCGCUCACAGUCUCUCUGUGACCAACCCACUAAGAACAUGUCUGCCUUCCCCACCCAGGACCCGUCCCUCACCCCCACACCCCGUCCCACUCACUCUAGAGAGUUGGUGCGACAAAACUCAGACCCUACUUCUGAGAACCCUGCCCCACAGGUGCAUCAAAUAAGAGAGGAGCGUGGACCCUGGAUACGCCUACCUGAUGUGGAGCUGCCUCCCAAAAUCCCCCAAAGAACUUCAUCAAUUGCCACAGCUCUGAACACAAACUUAACAUCAGGCAUUAGACAUCCAAUAAGAGCCAGCAACCCAGAUCUUAGUCGCAAUGACCGCUGGGAGAGAGGAGACGGUAUGAGUGUCAUUUCCCACUUGCCCCAAACUGGUUCCUUGGAGCGACACCGCAUCCUGAGUUCCUCAAAAAUGGAUUCACCAAUUCUGUCCCACGACAAUCGCCAUAAGCCAGGGGAGUCUCGCACGUCCUCACGCCCUGGACGCCCCGCUAGUUACAAGAGAGCUAUAGGAGAGGAUCAUGGCCUGUAUGCGAAGGAAAAAGCCGAGGAGCAGCCCAGACCUCCAGUAAAAGCCAAUGAUUAUUCCUCGUCUUCCGAGAGCAGCGAGAGCAGUGAGGAGAGCGAGAGUGGAGAGGGGCCAGAGGAGGAGGAGAGCCCCACCGAUCGACUCAGAGAUGCAGACACCGAUUCUGUCAACACCAUGGUGGUGCAUGAAGAUGAAGGUGAAGAGGGCGAGCAGGCUAGGAUCUACGGCGAUCAGACCAUGCUGGUGCAGCGGACUCCAGAGAAGAGAAGCCAUAAUGGUUACACUAACUUACCAGACGUGGUUCAGCCCUCUCAUUCUCCCACAGACUCUGCCUCCCACUCCUCCCCUGGGAAAGAGUCUGUCUAUGAUUACCAGUCUAGAGGAUUGGUCAAAGCCACCGGAAAAUCCUCCUUCACGACAUUUGUAGAUCUGGGCAUGUACCAGUCCCCAGGCCAAGGAGACAACAUAUCCCUAAGCGGAUCAAGGUUUGAACAGCUGAAGAUGGAAGUGAGAAAGGGGUCCAUGGUUAAUGUCAAUCCCACAAACACUCGGCCGCCCACUGACACUCCAGAGAUCCGGAAAUACAAGAAAAGAUUCAACUCUGAGAUUCUGUGUGCUGCACUUUGGGGGGUGAACUUGCUGGUUGGCACGGAAAACGGACUGAAGCUGUUGGACCGUAGUGGACAAGGGAAGGUUUAUCCUCUAAUCAACUCCCGCAGGUUCCAGCAGAUGGACGUCCUGGAGGGUCUCAACCUGCUCAUCACUAUAUCAGGAAAGAAAAACAAAGUCCGUGUGUACUACUUGGCCUGGCUUAGAAAUAAGAUCCUGCAUAAUGAUCCUGAGGUGGAGAAGAAACAGGGCUGGACCACGGUGGGCGAGAUGGAGGGAUGUGUUCACUACAAAGUUGUCAAAUAUGAAAGAAUCAAAUUCCUGGUGAUUGCUUUGAAGAAUGCAGUAGAGGUGUAUGCUUGGGCUCCAAAGCCUUAUCACAAAUUCAUGGCCUUUAAGUCUUUUUCUGAUCUGCCACACCGACCGGUUCUCGUGGACCUGACUGUGGAGGAGGGUCAGAGGCUCAAAGUCAUUUAUGGCUCCCUUGCUGGUUUCCACGCCAUUGAUGUGGACUCUGGCAACAACUAUGACAUCUACAUACCUGUUCAUAUUCAGAGCCAAAUAACCCCACAUGCUAUUGUGUUCCUGCCCAGCUCUGAUGGGAUGGAGAUGUUACUCUGUUAUGAGGACGAAGGGGUUUAUGUGAACACAUACGGACGCAUCAUCAAGGAUGUGGUCCUGCAGUGGGGCGAAAUGCCCACUUCUGUUGCCCACAUUUGCUCAAAUCAGAUCAUGGGUUGGGGAGAGAAGGCCAUUGAAAUCCGGUCUGUGGAGACCGGUCAUCUUGACGGUGUGUUCAUGCACAAAAGGGCUCAGAGGCUCAAGUUUCUUUGUGAGAGGAAUGACAAGGUGUUCUUCGCGUCCGUGCGCUCCGGAGGCAGCAGUCAGGUGUACUUCAUGACAUUGAACAGAAACUGUAUCAUGAACUGGUGA